CCGCUAACAGCAGCGCCGCGGCGCGUUCACACAAAUUUCGACAAGUUCGUUGCUUCAGUCUUCGGUGUCGCUUCGACGCGUCUGGCAGGCGUGUAAUGACGCUUAUUUUCAGAAAUUACUUAAAAGCGUAGAAACACAUUUUUAAAAGGAAAAUUGUUCAAUUAUAAUUGAAAGCAAGUAAGUAAGCGACCGGAAAUAAUGAACUUAGCUUAAAACGCCGCAACGCAAAAAAAAAGUGGAACAACAUUAGGUGUACUAACAGCAGCUAUUUAGCAAACAGCAGCUUUGAAAGAACACACAACAAAAGCGACAACCAAUUAAGUCAAACAAUCCAAUCAGCAAAGCAGACAUUGCGCAUUAAACUAAUCAAAAACGAACGCGCCGUUUCACCGCGCGCCUUUCAGCUCCACGUCGCACGCCGCUUUAAUUCUCUGCCGCGCGCGCCACUGCCGCCAAUACAAAAUGUGCAAAACGCCGAGUUCACGUCUGCUGCUGCGUCUCAUAGUUGAUGUUGUGAUUUUAAUUGCGCUCUGCUGCGUCGCGCUAAUUGUGCUGCCCAAACUAUUGCCCACCACACGGCGCGGCUUCUUCUGCAGCGACGCAUCGCUGCGCUACCCUUACACCGCUUCGCUGCUUAAUCGCGUACACAUUACCAUUGCGGUGAUCGCCUUACCCGCUGCUAUCAUGUUGGUGGUGGAGAUGUUGUGGGCGGCGGUGCGCGCUGCACGCAAAUCUGAGACGAAUACGACUAUGAAGCGCGCUGGCGUACAGCAAUUUGUAUUCGUUGGCGUAAACAUACCGACCUUCGUGAGUGAGUGCUACAAGAUUGUUGGCAUCUACUUCUUUGGUUUGGCGCUCGUGCUGAUAGCUGCGCGCGCAACUAAAAACUUUGUGGGCCGUUUGCGCCCUUAUUUCUUUGACGUCUGCCAACCGCAGUUGCUGGAGACGCUGGGCGGUGGUUUAGCUUGUGAGCGGCUCGACGCGCCAUAUGCGCAAAAUGUCACCAUGGGUUAUAUUGAGGAUUACGAGUGCUACGAAUUGGCCGCCUCAGGAGAGUUGUUGGCCAUGGCGCGGCAAUCUUUUCCCAGCAGUUACACAGCCACUGUUGUUUAUGCCAUGUGCUUCAUUGUGUUUUAUUUGCAGGCGCGUUUAGCUACACGCGCACUGCUGGUAUUGAAAACUUUGUUGCAAUUCGGUUGUCUGAUCUUGGCCGCGCUGGUCGCGAUUGAGCGCUUCUAUACACACCAGAAUCAUUCGACGGACUUAUUGGCAGGUGCGGUUUUGGGCUUUUUUGUUGCAGCUUUUACUAUAGUCACCGUGGCCGAUGUCUUCAAGAGUUUGCCUGUGAAAAAACGCAAGCCACGCGACGAUUCUACGCGCAUUUACGGAUACUACGGAGUUAAUCGCAUUGCUAAAUAUUAUUGAUGUUGCAUUUAUGUGUGUUAUUUCGUAAAUUUAUAAAGGCUAUCAAAACUUUGUAAAAUAUUUAAAUUAUAUUACAAGAAAGGUAUGUGUCUGCAGUCAAUAAAAAUACAACAAAGU